UGCAUAGUUCUUGAAAGACUUCAUUCAAAGCUAAGUGAAGGAUUAUUGCAUCUCUUCCUUCUUGGAAGGCUUUCAUUUUUGUUAAGAAGAGAAAGACAAAGACAAAAACAAAGGAAAGAGAAAGAAAAGAAUGGUUGGUUUGGUGUCUCGCCAAGGAAGACAACUACAAAGAUACAACUCCAAUGGCUAUCGUCUCGUUGUUGGAUGUAUUCCUUACAGACUUAAGAAGGAAGAAGGAAAGAUCUCUGAUGAUGAAGUGUUGGAAAUUUUAGUGAUCACCUCUCAAAAGGGCCAUGGAAUGAUGUUCCCAAAGGGAGGAUGGGAGAUUGAUGAGAGUAUGAAACAAGCUGCAUUCAGGGAGGCAAUGGAGGAAGCUGGUGUAAUUGGAACUAUUGAGUGUGAUCUUGGUAAAUGGCUUUAUAGAAGUAAAAGAAAUAACAAUUUUCACGAGGGAUUUAUGUUUGGUUUGAAUGUAACAAAAGAACUAUUACAAUGGCCUGAAAUGGACACUCGCAAGAGGAAAUGGGUAACAGUUGAAGAAGUGAGGGCAGGGUGCCAACAUCAAUGGAUGACAGAAGCAUUGGAGAGAUUGGUUGCAAGUCUACCAGUUCAAGUAGAUAUCAAAGUCCUUAAAUCAUUUAGAAAAAUAGAUCAUGUUUCAAUGUAAUUAGGUCAACCAAAUAAUGUCGUUCUUGAAAUAUAUAUUUUAAGGUUAAUGUAAUGUCCCACAUAAUUAUUAGCAACAGUGGAGCAUUCUUUGACAAGGUUAA